GAAGGCACCGCUGCUUGCGUUAGCCAUCGCUCAUACUGUUCUUGCGGCCGAGGAGAACGACAGCCUGCCAAGAUGUGCAAAGGAUUAGCAGCGCUACCCCACACGUGCCUGGAGAGGGCCAAGGAGAUCAAGACCAAGCUGGGCACACUGCUCCAGAAGCCCGACUCGGCCAUUGACUUCAUCAUUCCCUACCCGGAGAAGCCGGAGAAGCCGCCCAAGGCCCAGAAGCCAUCACCGGAGGAGGCUCUGCAGUGGCGCGAUUCCCUGGAGAAGCUCCUGCAAAAUCCCUACGGGCUCGCCAGCUUCCGCAGCUUCCUGCGCUCCGAGUUCAGCGAGGAGAACGUCGAGUUUUGGGUGGCCUGUGAGGACUACAAGAAAACCAAGUCCCCCGUGAAGAUGGCAGAGAAGGCUAAGAAGAUCUAUGAGGAGUUCAUCCAGACCGAGGCACCCAAAGAGGUGAACAUCGACCACUUCACCAAGGCGGUCACCAUGAAGAACCUGGUGGAACCAUCACCAACCAGCUUUGACAUGGCCCAGAAGAGGGUCUUUGCCCUGAUGGAGAAAGACUCCCUGCCCAGAUUCGUGCGGUCGGAGUUUUAUCAGGAGUUAAUCAAGUAGCAAUGCGGAAGGGCUGUGCGAGGCAUUCCCCGCGGGCGGUCCCACUGCUUCUGUCUGAACACCUGCCCCUUCUCCUGCAGCCGCUUUGCUUUCUUGAUUCCACCCUAGAAGAGCACCCAGGGGUGUUGCUAAACAUCUCGCCCCGUGCUUUGGACUGUCAGAUGUCCUGAUGUUUCCUCUUUUAUGGUCUCUUUCCUCUCCCACAAAAGACCAAUUAGCAGAAACCCCUGGUGAUCCUCCCUGGGUUUGGGACCCAGAAGG